UAGGAGGCCGAGCCGAGUCGUUUGCUGAAGGGAAGAAACCCAAAACAAGGCUUGUACUUUUACUUUAUCGCUUUCAAACAAGCGCCACUUUUAAAAGGAAUUUACCCUUAAAGGCACCAGCUCAGCAUGGAAAAUCAGAAGUGGUAGGGUCUUUGUGACUUGAGGUGUGGGAGCGAGGCUGCUCCCUGUUUCCCCCCGGUGCUCCCCUGCCCCCCGCCCUCCUGGACGGCCCCGAAAUGACCACAGGGGAGUGUUGCCACCUCCCAGGCUCCCUGUGCGACUGCACUGGCAACGCUGCCCUGUCAAAAACCGUGGAGGAUGCUGAAAACCGCCGGGCCCAGUACGUCACCCAGGUCACGGCCAAGGAUGGACGUCUACUAUCUACUGUUAUCAAAGCCCUGGGCACCCAGAGUGAUCGGCCAAUUUGUCGGAUCUGCCACGAGGGUCAAGACGUGUGCAACAGCGAGGGGCUUCUCUCCCCAUGUGACUGCACCGGCACAUUGGGCACGGUCCACAAGAGCUGCCUGGAGAAAUGGCUGUCCUCCUCUAACACCAGCUACUGUGAGCUGUGCCACACUGAGUUUACCAUUGAGCGCCGGCCCCGACCCCUCACAGAGUGGCUCAGGGACCCGGGCCCCCGGAAUGAGAAGCGCACCCUCUUCUGUGACAUGGUGUGCUUCCUGUUUAUAACACCCCUUGCAGCCAUCUCAGGCUGGCUGUGUCUACGGGGUGCACAGGACCACCUGCACUUCAACAGUCGCCUGGAGGCAGUCGGCCUCAUCGCUCUGACCAUCGCACUCUUCACCAUCUACGUCCUCUGGACACUGGUCUCAUUCCGCUACCACUGUCAGUUGUACUCCGAGUGGAGACGAACCAAUCAGAAAGUCCGCUUGCUCAUUCCUGACACCAAGGGUGCACACUCUACCCAGCAUUCCUUGCUUUCCACAAAGCUGCUGAAAAAGACAGCAGACGAGACCAUAGUAUGAGAGACGUGGUGCAGGGGAACAGGGCCCGAUCGCGGUGGUAUUAGCGUGCUACAUGUUCUUGACGCAGCGUCGUCAACUAGAGCCGUGGCAUUAUGGAUGCAUUAUUUUCUAUUUAAUCCUUUUUAUCUAAAUAUGUGAGCACUUCAUUUAUUUUAUUUACAUUUUUUCUCUUUUAAUGUUUUUUUUUUGGAGCCUUUAUGAGUGUGUUGUUUAAAGACACCUUUUAUUUAUCUGGGGCUUGAGCAGCCAGGCUGAGGCCCCAUACUGUUCAGUAUGCAUUGUAUUUGAAACAAUCGGAAAACUAAUUUAUGUGUAUAGACGAUUCCUUUGAGCACAGUGGCGAGGGAUUAUGACUCAAGUACAUAUGGCUGCUGAAGCUUAAAACCAAACCUUUCUUUCGUUUUCGAUAUAUCGUUUUUCUACUCGCCUACCUUCAAGUACUUUCCAUCUGAACCCGACGGAGUCGCACCUAAGCGAACUUAGUUCUUGUGGCUCCUAUACAAUUUAGUCAAGAUAUAAAUAUAUAAAUAUAUACACACUAAGUUAACAAGUAAGCUCUAAGCUUCGAUCCACAUGGGUAUUACAGGGCCAUAUGCCUGAGCAAUGAAUGUGGAGGCUGAUGUAUAUCUGCUGCGGCGUAGAGGACGCUCAAGCUCAUCCGGAGCGAGAAAAGAGAGUGCAAUAACACGCCGCCAUUGUCAUGAUUCUGCUGUGGGCUGUUUUUCCGAACCGAAUGGUCUCCGAACAAUGUAAAACAACAUGCGGGGAUUCUAAAUUCGUAGCACUUUCUGACAACGUAGCCUAGAUGUGAGCUGAACAAAUGUAGAUACGUAUACGUUUUUGGGAUGCAAAUAUGUGGCAACUUUAUGUUGUGGUAAGUGCAGAUGCAAACAGACCUCUACAGUUCAGAAUCAUUUUCAAAAUAUAUAUUUUUUUUUUCCUUCGUGUUUUUGGUGUUUGAAGACAAAUGUGUAUGUGUGUUUACAGUAUGCAUUUUGUAAGCUCUGCCUAUUUGUGCUGUUUAGAAGGUAUCAAAUGGCCGAGGUUGUGGAAGGCAUACUUGGGAUUUUGUAGCAGUUUACUUUGUGGAAGAUGCAGGUCAAGCCGCAGAGGAAGAAGUAAUCGUAUAGCUAAACAUCAUUGCCAGACCAGUAAUGAAACCGUCAUCCAUGAAUGACUCUACAGUAUUUAAGCAAAGGCUUCUUUUAGAUGUGUGUCGUAUUGGUGCAAGAAGAAUCUGCAGAACACCAUUCAUCAGAUCUUUUCAUUCCCUACUGUUACGUACCAUCUGAAAGUGUGGGAAUGGUUCUUUGGGAUAUGCAGAAUCGUAAUAAUUGCACAUUUGCCACUCUUUAUGUGGACUUUUUGCGCCUUAUGCACUUGCUGUAGAAGAUCUAGGUCUGAAAGUGUGCGAUUUGCGCAAACUUUUGGCGGUGAAGUGCACUUAGGGAAUUGUUCACCUGACAAUGAAAAUGUCAUUAUUUAUUCACCGUAAUGUCACUCCAGUCCAAACUUGACUGCUGUUAUUUUAAUCAUAGAACAAUUUUGGUGAAUAAUUUCUGGAAGGUGUACAACGACAGUUUGUAGUGAUCUUCUCUGUCAAGCUUCAAGAUCGCAAUGAAAGUGGUUCUUUUGUGCUCUUUUACAAGUCCAUCCGAUAGUUUUAAGUGUAUCUCACAAUUCUAUUUUUUUGAACAAUACCAGCAAGUAUUCAAUAAACAGUAUUACUUUUUUCAGUUCACUUUCACUUCUCCACUUCACAAAUGCUGCUGGUAUUGUUCAAAAAAUAAAUCUUUUUUUUUUCUCUCGAUGCACCUUGCUCAUUUUGUGAAUCAUACAGGACUACCUCACAAUUCUGAGAAAUUCAGAAAAGUUGUGAGGUGUUAACUCGCAAUUAGGUGGAAAAAAAGCCAGAAUUGUGAGAUAAAGUUGCAGUCACCUUUUUUAUUUUAUAUUCUG